UGCGGCCUGUGUUAGCAAAGUGGGUUAGCAGGCGUGGCUAACGCGACUAGCCGCUAGCCAGGUAGCAUGCUCCGCUAACAUUAGUGGCUUCCCGCAAAUUGUUAGCCGCUAGCUAAUGAUGCUCGCUCGCUAACCAGCUAGUUCGCUGGUGGUGCUGAUCUGUCAGACAGUGGACACAUACCGACUGGACUGGCGUUAUUUUUAACGGGAUUCUGCUGGAAAUCUACAGUACAGUUUUUUAUCAUUUUGCCGAAAUAGGCGUGAAGCUUGAUUAUCAACCUAAACGAUGUUUGAUGAGAAAUAGGCCAGUAGAAGACCGUGUGGAUACACACAUCAACAAGCAUGGAGUUUCCGCAACAGCAGAAACCGGCGGGGGACGGAAGGAUUGUUUACCCUCCGGGUGUGAAAGAGAUAACUGACAAAAUCAGCAAUGACGAGGUGGUGAAACGAUUGAAGAUGGUAGUAAAGACAUACAUGGAUAUGGAUCAAGACUCUGAAGAGGAGAAGCAGCAGUAUCUUGGCCUUGCACUCCACCUUGCCUCAGAAUUCUUCCUCAGGAACCCUAAUAAAGAUGUUCGCCUGCUGGUGGCCUGCUGUCUGGCUGACAUCUUCAGGAUCUAUGCCCCUGAGGCCCCCUACACCUCUCAUGACAAACUCAAGGACAUUUUCCUAUUCAUUACCAGACAGCUAAAGGGACUAGAGGACACAAAGAGCCCUCAGUUUAACAGAUACUUCUAUCUGUUGGAGAACCUUGCAUGGGUUAAGUCGUACAACAUAUGCUUUGAACUGGAGGACUGCAAUGAGAUCUUUAUCCAGCUUUUCAAAACACUCUUCUCUGUCAUCAAUAACAGCCAUAACCAGAAGGUACAGUUGCACAUGAUGGACCUGAUGAGUUCUAUCAUCAUGGAGGGAGAUGGAGUCACACAGGAGCUUCUGGAUACUAUACUCAUUAACCUCAUCCCUGCACACAAGAAUCUUAACAAGCAGGCAUAUGAUCUGGCCAAGACUCUACUAAAGAGGACAGUCCAGACCAUAGAGACAUGCAUCGCAAACUUCUUCAAUCAGGUUUUAGUGAUGGGCAAGUCAUCAGUUAGUGACCUAUCAGAGCAUGUUUUUGACCUCAUCCAGGAACUGUUUGCCAUCGACCCAAUGCUGCUCACAUCUGUUAUGCCUCAACUGGAGUUCAAACUAAAGAGCAAUGAUGGUGAGGAGCGCUUAGCUGUUGUACGGUUGCUAGCCAAAUUAUUUGGGGCCAAAGAUUCAGAGUUGGCAUCACAGAACAGACCUCUGUGGCAGUGCUUCUUAGGACGGUUCAAUGACAUCCAUGUUCCAGUUAGGCUAGAGUGUGUAAAGUUUGCCAGCCACUGCCUCAUGAACCAUCCAGACCUGGCCAGAGACUUGACAGAGUAUCUGAAGGUGCGAUCCCACGACCCAGAGGAAGCCAUCCGUCAUGAUGUCAUUGUCACCAUCAUCAAUGCCGGAAAGAAGGACCUUAGUUUGGUUAAUGAUCAACUCUUGGGCUUUGUGCGGGAGAGGACCUUGGACAAGAGGUGGCGUGUGCGUAAAGAGGCCAUGAUGGGCCUGGCUCAGCUUUACAAGAAAUACUGUCUUCACCAUGAGGCUGGUAAGGAGUCUGCUCUGAAGAUCAGUUGGAUCAAAGACAAGUUGCUACACAUCUACUAUCAAAACAGCAUCGAUGACAAGUUAUUGGUAGAGAAGAUAUUUGCCCAGUACAUGGUACCUCACACUCUUGACACGGAGGAGAAAAUGAAGUGUCUGUAUUACCUGUACGCCUGUUUGGACACAAAUGCUGUGAAGGCUUUGAAUGAGAUGUGGAAGUGUCAGAACAUGCUGAGAGGCCUCGUCAAAGAGCUCCUGGACCUUCACAAGCUUCCAGUGUCUGAGGCCAAUAACACAGCCAUGAUUGGGAAGCUGAUGAAUAUUGCCAAGAACCUGCCAGAUGCCGGAAAGGCCCAGGACUUCAUGAAGAAGUUCAACCAGGUACUGGGUGAAGAUGAGAAGCUCCGAGUCCAGCUAGAGGUGCUGAUUAGCCCGACCUGUUCCUGCAAACAGGCUGAGAUCUGUGUGAGGGAGAUCACACGGAAACUGACAUUCCCCAAGCAGCCCACCAACCCCUUCCUGGAGAUGGUGAAGUUUCUCCUGGAGCGCAUCGCCCCCGUGCACAUAGACUCUGAAGCUAUCAGUGCUCUGGUGAAGCUGCUGAACAAGUCGAUUGAAGGCACAGCUGAUGAUGAUGAGGAGGGCGUUACUCCUGAUACAGCCAUUCGAUCUGGCUUGGAACUACUUAAGGUGCUGUCAUUCACCCACCCCACGGCAUUCCAUUCAGCGGAGACGUAUGAGUCUCUGCUCCAGUGUCUGAAGAUGGAGGAUGACAAGGUGGCUGAAGCAGCCAUACAGAUUUUCAGAAACACGGGGCAAAAGAUCGAGACGGAGCUGCCACAGAUCAGAUCGACUCUGAUUCCCAUCCUGCACCAGAAAGCUAAGCGAGGAACACCUCACCAGGCCAAGCAGGCCGUCCACUGUAUUCACGCCAUUUUCAACAAUAAGGAAGUACAGCUGGCACAGAUUUUUGAACCUCUGUCUCGGAGUCUAAAUGCAGAUGUGCCAGAACAGCUGAUCACUCCUCUUGUGUCCUUGGGCCACAUCUCCAUGCUGGCCCCAGAUCAGUUUGCGUCACCAAUGAAGUCCAUUGUGGCUAACUUCAUCGUCAAGGACUUGCUCAUGAAUGACAGAUCAGUGGGAAAUAAGAAUGGGAAGCUGUGGACGACUGAUGAGGAAGUGUCACCUGAGGUUCUAGCUAAGGUCCAAGCCAUCAAACUACUGGUGCGUUGGUUACUCGGAAUGAAAAACAACCAAUCCAAGUCAGCAAACUCUACCCUGCGUCUGCUGUCGGCCAUGUUGGUGAGCGAAGGAGAUCUCACAGAGCAGAAGAAGAUCAGUAAGUCCGACAUGUCUCGUUUGAGGCUGGCAGCUGGUGGAGCCAUUAUGAAGCUGGCCCAAGAGCCCUGUUACCAUGACAUCAUCACACCUGAACAGUUCCAGCUCUGUGGCCUUGUUAUUAAUGAUGAGUGCUACCAGGUUCGUCAGAUCUUUGCUCAGAAGUUGCACUUGGCUCUCGUUAAACUGCUGCUGCCUCUAGAGUACCUGGCUGUCUUUGCCCUGUGUGCAAAGGACCCAGUCAAAGAGCGCCGUGCCCACGCCCGACAGUGCCUCCUCAAAAAUAUCUCUGUCCGUAGAGAAUACAUCAAACAAAAUCCAGUUUCUCAGGAAAAACUGGUCACCCUGCUUCCUGAAUAUGUUGUUCCUUAUAUGAUCCACCUGUUGGCACACGACCCCGAUUUCACAAAACCACAGGAAUAUGAUCAGCUCAAAGAUAUCAAAGAGUGUUUGUGGUUCAUGUUAGAAGUGUUGAUGACCAAGAAUGAGAACAACAGCCAUGCCUUUUUAAGAAAAAUGGUGGAGAACAUCAAACAGACAAAGGAUGCACAAUGUCCAGAUGACGCGAAGACCAAUGAGAAGCUGUAUAUUGUGUGUGACGUUGCUUUGUUUGUCAUCGCCAACAAGAGCACUGCAUGUCACUUGGAUUCUCCAAACGACCCUGAUCUACCUCCAAAGUUUUUCCUCAAGCAGGAAAAGGAUUUCAAAAAUGAUAAAGAAUAUCUGAUGGCAGAGAUGAGACAAAUGCUGCUUACUGGCAAGCCGAAACCGUCUCCAGUGUUGUCCGCCAUGAACAAGCCUCUGAUAGUACCAGGGAGGAGGAUCUUCACGAAGACCACUAUGACCCCAGACACAGUCAGUAACACCAGCAACAGCAUCUCGCUGAGCUCCACAGCCAUCAACAAGAACAGUAAUAGUAACACUGCCACAGAGUCACCGGAGAGCCGGACGCAAGAAAAUAAUGAGAACCCGGUCAUCAAAAUUGAUGAGACAAAAAAGGCGGAUGCUAGUCAUAUUGCAACUGGUGAUGCCAUAACAGAAGCGUCGCCUGCCAAACGACGAGGCCGUCCACCCAAGUCAACUACUGCUGCUGCUCCUGUAGUAGCCGACAAAGAGGGAGGUGUGGCUACAGGUGGUGCAACGGGCAGAGGCAGAAAGAGAACAGCGGACCCUAACACCGACCCUUCAGAGUCAAUCAACAUCAAGAUGUCCAAACAGCAGCAACAGAAGGAUGAAGGGACAAAGAGACAGAUUGACUUGCAGAGGUAAAAAGUGAGUCUGUGAUGAUGAAACCAACAAGACUAAAGAAUGGUCCAGACUUUGUCAACCCCCCCCCCCCCCCCCCCCCCCCCCAACUCCAUGUACAAGCUCCUGUAAUUCUAAACCUUUCUUGGACAGAUUACGGACUUUUCUUAAACACACACACCCCACUGAUAUCCUAGAAGGUUUUAAACACCUUGUAGUCAUGAGUGAGUGGAAGCUCAUUGUAUGUAGGUUUUACUCACACAAACUUUUUUCCUUUGUGUUUGUUGCUCUUUGCUUCAUUUAUGGAGCCAUUUUUAAGGGGGAUAAACAGGAUGGACAUUUUACAAAUAUUUUAAUCUGGAUAUUAUUGCUUAUUAAAUUCCCUGGGGAAAAAAAUCCUAUUAUGAGUCUUUUGACCUCUUCCUCAUGUCUUUAUUUUUGUUAAGCUCACCGGUUUGUGUUUUGUAAAAAGUCAUGCAACUUUCCACUUUGAACCUUUUGAGAGUAUCUCAACAAAUGGAUAAAAUGUGAAAAUUUGCUGCAUAGAUUUAUGCAUUUAACAAGUGUACUGAACCAAAAUUGACAGAUUUUGGAGUGUCUACAAUUCUAAUUUUACUGUUUAUGUGCUGUAGCUUGGGUGUCACAAAUUGAGGUGGAAAUCCUUUGUGGCUUCUUACAGUGGCUGUAAAAAGUAGGUGUUGGCUACAGCGGUGGCCCGGUAAGCUAGGCGGGAGGCUAGAAUAACAGCUGACAUCACUCUUAGGUUGUCUUGCUCCAUAGGUUUAUCUAAAGUUACAGCCUACAUGUGAUUGGCCCAUUCUGUUGUGUAAUACUGCAGUAGACUGGUGUCUUGCAUGGGCUGUACACUGCCUCUUGCUCUGUGACUGCUGGGAUAGGUUCCAGUCCCCUGUGACCAUUGAUUGGCGUAAGAUAGUAUUGAAACUGAAUGGAUGGUUGUGGUCUAGUAGUUCUGGCAGACUGUGGAGCAGACAUUCAUCAUGCAAGCUUUUCUUUUGUAUCAUAUUACAAAAAGCAGCAUUUUAAAUUUAGGGGUUUGAUCGCGCUCCCUGCUGAAGAGAACAAUCAGGCAGUACAGAUGUCAGUCAGUACUGUUGCUGUAGCCUCCUGUCUACAACUGAUGAGCCCGUCACCAUUAGGUGUUUUGCAGUUGUGAAUCUCACGCCGUCUGGUGGUCCGUGACUCACACGAGGUCGGUUUCAGCAGAGUUCCAAUGUCAGGAGCUCAGCACUCCUUGUGAAGGAUGGAUAAUAAGACAUCGGGAUACAGCAGAAGUCCAUCACAGGUGCUACACGUCCUCUAGAUAACCCUUUCAACUUGGGAGAGCGUAUAAUCAUCAUAAUUGCCCAUGAACUCGCUAAAUUAACUCCAUCCUCGCUUUGCCAUUGUUUACAUGCGCUGUGAGACAGCGGAACUCUGCUGGCACCUCGGUGCAUUCUGGGAAGCACAGGCGGCCGCCAGGGGCAUUAUGGGAUACACUGAAAUACUGAAUAGCCACAUCCUAAAAAGUAUUCAAUCCCUGUGGGCUUUUACAGUUUUUGGAAAUGAAAUAAUCAAGAUCUCAUAAAAUGACUUGAAAUGUAAAUUGGAAUUUUUAAUCUGAAAGUGACAAUUGUAUAUAAUCUAAAUUAAAUAAAAACAGCGCUGUUUUGUCACUUGAAUAUUUCUUGGUUCAUCCCAACUUGUACAAAGUCAAACAGCUCUAAAAGUGACUAAAUUGUUCAUAUUCCAGCAUUGAGUGAAGAUCCAAACCUUUUUGGUUUUGCUUAGAUCAUGUAGAGCAGUUUCUUUUUGUUUGUUUUUGUAAAAAGUUCAGAAUUUCACCAAAAAAAAAUGUAAUCGGAGUAAUGAAACAAAGCCAUGGGAUUAAAUUCUGUGAUUAUGACAUGGAUUAACAAGUACACAUCUGGAAUAUUUGAGCUUGUUCUCGUGUCGAUGAAAACUGUAACCGAAGGUGUCGGUAUGCUGCAGAUUUUCAAAUAUCCACAGGGGCUGUUUUUAAGUUUGAGAAUGGGUGAGGUAGAGAUUUAUUUUUACGUACAUGUCUAUUAAAGACUUUUAAAUAAAACCUCUUAUUUGAAUGUAAUUUCAUUAAACAUGUAAAACCCUAAAGGGGGAGAGUACUUUUUUGUUGUUUUUUUAGAGGCACUGUAAAAGCCUGAUUCUUCCCUCUGAAGGCCUUUAACAUCCAGUGUGUUGAUGGAAAUAUUGAAGCUGUCCAGCAUCACUGGAUCCAGUAUUCCAAAGUCUGUUUCUCUUUGCCACAACUGCUGCACUGGGUGUCUUUAUUUUAUUUUAUUUUUUUUAUUAUUCACUGCUUAAUUAUGUAACAGUACUUUGCUUUGGAAAGUAUGCUGUAAAUCACAAUUUACUAUGGAGGUAUGUGUUCAUUGUUAACGUUAAAAUAUUUUUUUUUGUACUUUUGCUAUUUUGUUGGGUAAAUCCUUCUUUAAGCAGUGAGCAGAAACUUCAGGGUUUCUGCUAAUUUGUAGUUCAAGUAUGCUUAUUUAAACAAAGAAAUUCCCACCCCAGAAAAUAAAAUCUUUGACAUGUUGCCACACUGUGCAUUGAUAUUGGAAGCAUUUCACAACUGAGAAAUGACAAAAGCAAGACUAAUUUUCCACUUUGUUUUUUAAUCAAAGAAACAUGACACUGUCACAAUAAAUAACCAUGCUUUUUACUGCUGAUGCUUGCUUCCAAGGAAACAAGAAGAAAACAAGUCUCAAUCCAAAUGGAGAAACUCAGAUGCAACAGCCCCUAAAAGCUUCGUCGUCGUGCAAUUUUGUACAUACUGGAGACGUCAGGAAGACAGAAAAGGGGAGCGUCUUUCCUCUCUUACAAAAUAAAGAGAUCAGCCAUCAACAGUGCACUUGAGCGAUGGCAAGAACACUUUUCAAUAACCUGUCUUAUUUACAGAUGAGGUGUGCAUACCCAAUUGAAUGUUAUUUGGCUGUCUGCAAACUUCACUGUGUGAAAAUGUCUAGGCCAUGCACGAUAUAACUCCAUGUAGUACUGCAAUACAGCACUGUGUUGAUACGGACCGAGCCAGGGGGUUAAAAGACCGUGUGAGAGGAUGUAACACGGCUAGAAGCAAAGCUUUUCUUUAUUGUCCAUGUAUCAAAAAAAAAAAAACAGGCCUGCUAUCUGGUUGAUAAAACAGGAGUUCCAGCCUCGUUAAUCAUAAAAUAUAAC